AUGUUUUGUUGUACUGUUAAUCAUCGUGAUGCAGCCUCGUUACUACCAAUUAUACAACAGUACGUCCGACCAGUUAAAACGAGUACCAGUACAAAAAAAAAACAAGAAACACGGAAUCAUCGUAGUACGAAUAAAAUGAGACAAAUAAAUAAUCGAAAUACAAUUUUAAUAGCCUCACUGAAUGAAGCUAAAGUGAGAAAUCAUAUCAAAGCGCAAACAAAACCAGUAAUUACAACUACUGAGCAUAAACAGCAGCAGCGACAUAGUUUAAGAUUGACACAAAAACAACGGGAUCCUGCAUUAGACACAUUAUCAUUUAAAAGAGUCUCUUUGAAUGAAACGAUGAUAACUAAAUCAGUAAUCGAAGUACCAAGAUGGCGUGUUCUAUCUACGAAUGAUGUCAAACAACAAUGUAAUGAUGAAAGCGACAUUGAGGAGGAGAAAGCAGAUGAUAUUCUAGCAAGGCAUUAUAAAAAUAAGCUUGAAGAACAAAAGGAUCGAAAAUUAUAUGAACGUUGGGUGAAAAAUCAACGAGCAUUAAGAAAAAUCCAAUGUCGUCGUACACAUACACAAAGUUUGACAGAACAAACCAGACAAAAAUUAUUACGUCAGUUAGUGAAAGAACAGAAAAUAUUUAUUAAUGAUAAAAUUUGUACUAAAUUGGCUAAAUAUUCGUUAGUUUUUGAAUACAAUAUAGAAAAUACAUUAUCAUCUAAUUAUCGUUUAAUCGAUUGGAAAAGUUUCGAAAGUAUUUUAACGGCAGAUGAAGCGAAUACUGAACUUGAUAUUAUGAUUCAUAAUUUGAAAGCCGUUCGUUUAACGACGGUUCCACAUAAAUCGACAUCAUUAGAAGGAAGUAAACGAAGCUUACCUGUACGUGAGAGAUUGCAUGAAAAAGUUAAAAAACAACCAUCAUUAAAUGAAAAAAGCAGACGCUUUGAUAGUUCGUUAAAAAAACGAACACGAUCAAACGAAAAAGAAAAUUGUGGCAGUGUCAAUAGUCACUCGUAUAUAACAAGGCAGACAUCCUUUUGCUAUGACAGUACGCAGGAGCGAAUGAUAAGCACAAUUCGUGCUCACGAAAAAACGUCUCCAAGUCCCACGCUGCGAUAUAUACCAGUUUGUAGAGCUCGAUGCGCUGAUUACGAUGGCAUAAAUCAUUUUCCUCCAUAG